GGUAUUCUUUGACAUAUCAAUUGGAGGCCAAAAGGCAGGAAGAAUUGUUAUUGGACUUUUUGGCAACACCGUACCGAAAACCGUUAAAAAUUUCGCUGAACUGGCCACCCUACCAUCGGGGAAAGGCUAUAAGGGCAGCAAAUUUCAUCGUGUCAUUAAAGAUUUUAUGAUCCAAGGUGGCGAUUUCACCAAAGGCGAUGGAACUGGUGGAAAAAGUAUAUACGGCGAACGUUUCCCAGACGAGAACUUCAAACUACAACAUUAUGGCGCCGGUUGGGUCAGCAUGGCGAACGCCGGAAAGGAUACAAACGGUUCACAGUUUUUCAUUACCGUGAAAGCUACUCCUUGGUUGGAUGGCCGUCAUGUUGUUUUUGGAAAAGUUUUAGAAGGAAUGAACGUCGUCCGUAAGAUCGAAAGUACUAAAACCGACGAUGGAGACCGACCCGUUCAAGCCGUGGUCAUCGAUGAUUGUGGUGUUAUUAAAGUCGACAAACCAUUCAACACUGAUAAAGCUGAUGCGAAGGAAUAG